UUUUUUAUGCCAUGAAGAAUUUAUCAACAGAUACGUAAAUGCAUAUUUUAUGCUUUUUAUGAAAAUUAAUAUUCUAUAACUUGCUUUUUAAAUGGCUAAAGCUCGUGCAUCGUCCAGGCGUUCCAUAAGUACUGAUACUAGGAUGCUUAUUGGAGUUAUCGCAGAUAUGGAAACAACAAUAGGAUUUUUGUUAGCAGGCAUUGGAGAGACUACUGGGUCGCAACAAAUGGAAAAAAACUUCAUGAUAGUGACGCAAGAAACUCGUAUCCAAGAUGUGGAAUAUUAUUUUACAUAUUUGUGCAUGCGCAGAAAUAUAGGAGUAGUUUUCGUGGCAAGUGAUGUUAGGAAAUUAUUGGCUCAAGUUAUAUCUCGCGUGACGAAGACUAUCCCAAUCAUUUUAGAAAUACCUACAAAAAAUACGAUUGUACAAUCUCUUGAUCACAAACAGCAAAUGCUCAAAAAAAUACAUUAAAAGACAUGAAUUCAACUUAAUUACAAAUAUCAUUUUUCAUAAAUCCAUUUAUUCUUGGGCUUAAUUUCUUGAUAAAUCAUCGGAGUAUGAGCAAAAUCCAAUCAAAGGAAAUACAAAACAGUAAAGAAAAAUUUUAUUACAA